ACUUACAAAUAAAUGUGUGACAUGAAUGGCUGUCUCUACCAGAUGGAAACUUGACAGCGCCGUGCAAGAUCUCAACAUCACCAAGCAGACGGUGGAGAGUGCGGAGAGUCGUGCACGUCUUCAAGUAAAAGCAUGCGCUUCGAAGCUGUUACGUGGAAAUGAUCGUCAAUAUGCACAAGCCCUGCAUCGUCAAGCGGAUGAUCUGUAUCAGCGUGGCGAGUACGAAUCAGCAUUGGUACUAUAUCACCGAGCGGCCACCGUGUGCUCGCAUGACAGCAGCCACAGUGCGGCAGCGCGACGUACCGCGGCCACGAUAAGCUCGUGGAAUAGUCCGGAGAAAAGCUCAGCGAGGCUUCCGGUAAAUGUGAGGGAUGACGCGGUCUUGCGGGAAACUUCGUGCUCCGAGAACACGACACUUUGCGAUGUUCCGAAGCCUCCUGGUGGUCUGUCGAUCGCUCCCGACAUUCUCAGAUAUCUUGAUGUUCGCAAGAGGACUUCUCGUGGAAGCUCCGCCGCGCUGAAAUCGUUAACUUCGCACGUGACCCAAUCCAGAACGAUAUUGCAGCACAUGAACAGUCGCGCCGACAGGAUGCUGAAGAGUCUCAGAGCUAGUUUCAAUGCUGGGAAGAUGAGAUCUUCUCUGAGGCUCGCCGAGGACUUGUUGACGUUAUCAUCUGGCCUGGAGGAUCCAUGUCGACACAAAAUACCGGCCUACCGCUACUUGUCUCUCAUCCACACGGCUUUGGGUAGGCACGAUCGUGCUUGCAGCACGGUCGCCGCGAUGGUGCGUCUCUCGAAGAGUACCAACGAUAUCGUCCUUCUGUCGCGUGCCUUGAUGACUUUGGGCAAGGUGCAUCUCAGCUUCAGUCAUCUAGAAGCGGCCGCACGCGCCUGGGAAAAUUUGUCUGUACACAUCGAGCAUCCGGUUCCGCGAGCCUGGAUUCAUCACGAGAUCGGACGUUGCCACUUGGAGAUGGGGAGAUACAGCAGGGCGUUACGCAAGGCAGCGCAAUGUCGCGAAUGCGCGGAAGAGGCGAACUCGAAGAGGUGGAUCUUUCAUGCCAGCCUGCUGCGGGCGCAGUGCCUGGCGAUGCUGGGUCGUUUCGCCGAAGCGCUCGAGGAGCUGCGAGCCGCCGCGAACAUCAGCGAGGAGGAAGGUGACACCCCUACGUUGUCUUACAUCCGAGAUCUAAUCGACCAGCUGAAUCGUGCUCUGCGCGAAGUCACGUUCGGUGAGGAUCGAUGCCUGAAGGGUGCUCUUCGAAGGUUAUCGCCUCGGAGCGAGGAGGAGCCUGGACGAUUUGAGGGGAACGGCGCGAUAACAACUUCAGGAAUUAGGAGAACGACGCGCAGCGAGGGCGACGAUGCGCCGUCAUUCUCCGAUUAUCCGGAGGACGAGAUCCUCGAUCGGUGCGAGAUAGAUGAGGAUUCAAGUUCGUUGGACAGUGCAAUGUCCUUUAGAAGCAAAAAAAUCAAUCUGACGUAUGUGAUUGAGUCUCACACAAAUGUUUCGAGCAGAGACAAGCCCGACGGCGUGAGGACGGAUGACGACUACGAGCUGGAGGAACUUUUAUCACACGAGUCACACAUGACGUUCAGAACAUGUUAUAUUGAAUCGAAGCACCUCAUAGACGGAGAGAAUACACCGUCCUUUUUAAAACAGCCAGUCGAAACAUGUUCCAGUAACAUCGAAACGAGCGUCGGACGUGCUACUAACGACACAUUCAGAAUCUCGAGAUCCUGCGAGACGGACGAUGCAACUUUGACAGCGCUAUUGACGGGACGCGUCAUGAUGCCAUCGUCACUCGAGUCCCGCGGGGACGCUCGUUACUUCCUGAAACACAAAAACAAGACGACGAAGAAGAAGAGUCCCUCGUUCGCGGCGCGUUUUCCACUUCCGAAGUACUUGUCUGAAGCAAGACUCCGCUUGAAAGGAGGUUGAGAGCUUUAAAUUGUAUUUACCACGUGAGAAAUAGGAAAUAAACGUCAUAGCAGGUAUGGCAAAAAA